AUGUGUUGGAGUUCGCCCAAAAACGGUCGGUGCACUGAAUUGCUUAAGACGGGAGUCACUGAAGAUGAAUGUUGUAAUGGUGUGGACAGUCAUAAUUCAGGUAUCGGUGCUACCGCUUACAGUGCUGAGGACCUCAAAGGUGGACAGUUAUUUUAUUAUCGAGCUUUGAGAGGUGGCGUUCCCUGUAACUCAUGUAAAGCCUCAUGUGAUGGUAUUGAAUGUAAAGCCGGCAGAAAGUGUGUGGUUAACAGAGAUGGUCAGCCCGAGUGUGUUUGCGCUCCCAAAUGCUCGCGACGUAAGAGGAAAAUGGGUCCGGUUUGUGGAAGUGAUGGCCAAACAUAUCGUCACAUUUGUCGUCUAUUAAAACGUAAAUGUCGUAAGGAUUCUACUCUUACCGUUGAAUACUAUGGUAAUUGUGAGGAGUCAUGCGAUAGGGUUGGUUGUAGUGAAAACAAGACGUGUAUAAUAGACCAAAAUUUGAGACCUCAUUGUGUAAGGUGUAGACAUUACUGUCCACCUAUCAGUGCCAAUACACGUCCAGUUUGUGGUAUCGAUAACAUUACAUAUAGUAGUUAUUGUCAUUUGCAAACACAGGCCUGUCUAUCGGGUAGAGCCAUACAAGUGGCUUAUAGAGGACAUUGCAAACGUGAAGCUAACUGUCAGUCUAUCACUUGUAGUCAAAAUAAAAAGUGUUUGACUGAUAGAGUCAACGGUGGAGGGGCCAGAUGUGUGACCUGUCCUAUGGGUUGUCCCAAACAUUUGGCUAUCAAUCAGGACUUAAUGACUAAUAAAAUGAUAUGCGCUUCAAAUAAUAUGACUUAUUUGAACUGGUGUUCAAUGAUGAAAGAGGGUUGUAAUACAGGCAAUUACUUAUACGUGGUGUCCAGUGGACCCUGUCCUCAAUAUGAUGGACUCACGGUUAAUAUGAUAGACGAUCCCAACAAGUUUUUUAAGAAAGCCAUCGUCAAGAUUAACAAAUACGACAAAUUUGAUGCCAAAAGAUGA